GUUAACAUGCUUAGCUUCUUUAAUUCUUUGUCCAUAUCUGUUUUCUUCUUCUUAAGUAUUUAAUGAUGAAUGGGAUUGUCCAUAUCUGUCAUCUAAACCGCACCCGUAAGAUCUAAGGCACCUGAUGAAAAAAGUGCGUUGAGAGAGGAAGAGAGAGAGAUCACGGAUUCUUGCGUGGUCAAUCAUGUCAGUGACGACAGUGGCUUUUAUGUGCAAUGUUUUGGAGUAAUUAUUGAACCUAUAUAAUAUUCCUCUUAUAAUGAUGACAAGAAGCACGUUUUGGGUUGCGGUAAAGAACAGGUUUGAUCACCUCAAAAGGAGAACAGAGAUCUAAGACCGCCAAACGUAUUAAUGUAAUGACGAACGCCGCCAUGGAGGAACUCUGCAGCAAUGACGGCAACAAUAGCAGCGGCGGCGGCAGGGAGAGGUACACGGAGUUCAUGGAGGACUCGUGCUGCGCCCGCAACUGCCUCGGGCCGAAACCCUCCAUAGCGAGGUUCAUCUACGCUAUCAUCUUCCUGGUCACCUGCCUCCUCGCGUGGACUAUUCGGGACUAUGGCCGCAACGCCCUCUCCGAGCUCGAGAGACUGAAAGGUUGUCAUGGUGCUCGCUAUUGUUUGGGCGCGGAAGGUGUGCUCCGCAUUAGCUUUGGCUGCUUUUUAUUCUUUUUUGUCAUGUUCCUAUCAACUGUAGGAACGAAGAAAUUGGAAGAUUCUCGAAAUUUCUGGCACUCCGAAUGGUGGCCUGCUAAGAUAAUCAUUUGGAUUGGCUUCAUGGUGGUACCAUUCUUCGUGCCUUCUGCAUUUAUCCAGUUCUAUGGGAAGUUUGCACACUUUGGUGCAGGGGCAUUUCUUAUGAUUCAACUUAUCAGCGUGAUCAGUUUCAUAACUUGGCUAAAUGACUGCUGUCAAUCAGACAGAUAUGCAAGGAGAUGCCGAUACCAAGUGAUGGUACUGUCAGUCGCAGCGUAUGUGGCAUCCAUCUUGGGAAUUAUCUUGAUGUAUAUCUGGUAUGUGCCCAGUUUAUCCUGCAGGCUCAAUAUCCUUUUCAUCACCUUGACUUUGGUGCUUCUACAACUCAUGACACUCGCAUCUAUGCAUGCCAAGGUUAAAGCAGGAUUUCUGGCACCAGGGUUGAUGGGAAUGUAUAUUGUGUAUCUUUGCUGGAGUGCAAUCAAGAGUGAGCCGCAGACAGAGAUAUGCAAUAAAAAAGCAGCAGUUGCAACAAGUGCAGACUGGCUUAUUAUUGUGAGCUUUGUUAUUGGUGUCCUCGCAAUAGUGAUUGCUACAUUUUCAACAGGGAUAGACUCCAAAUGCCUUCAGUUCAGGAAAACUGAAGCAGACUUGGAAGAUGACGUUCCCUAUGGGUAUGGCUUUUUUCAUUUUGUUUUUGCGAUGGGAGCAAUGUACUUUGCCAUGCUGUUUGUUGGCUGGAAUGCACAUAAUACCAUGCAAAACAGGUGGACAAUAGACGUUGGAUGGGUCAGCACUUGGGUCAGAAUCGUCAAUGAAUGGGUAGCAAUACUUGUCUACAUAUGGAUGCUCGUUGCUCCCCUCGUCUGGAGGAGCAGAAGGCAAGCAGAUUCAGUAUAGGACAUGAGGACUGUUCCUAAUUUCUCAAGCACAGAGUACAAGAGCAACAUUCUUUUCCGACAAGCUGAUACAAAUUAGCUUCUAUCAAGCAUCAUCCGCAAACAGCAUCAGCUGUGAGCUUUUCCAAAACAUUCUUGCAAAUAUUAUCAACUUGGUUGCAGGUCAUGGCACAGACUUGUUCAAGAACCAAAAACUAUAUAUGCUAUCAGAGCUCAUGAUCCACUCCUUAAGGUAAAGCAGGGUUAUGAUCUCUCCAAAUGGAUGUCUGAGAACAGCAUGCCAUUACUUUGAGUUGUUUGGUGCUUCUCAGAAAAGCAUACUCCUGCAAAACCUCAGUAGGUAAGAGGAGAAUUCUAAUCCAACCUGUUCAGCAAAAAUGGAACAAAUUCUUUUUCUCUUUUUAUAAUGUUACGAUUUCCUUUUAUUUAUGCAUAUAUGCUCUUGUAAAUUGGCUGAUUGCAUACAUGUCCUUCUCAAGUAUUCUUUUGCAUGCGGUUUCUCUAAAUUGUAAUAUAUUACACUGUUGUUCUUUUUGUUA